ACACGAUCCCCUCUCACUCUCUUACGUUUCAGCCCAAGGCUCUCUAGAUUAUAUUGCUGGAGCAGAGGAAUGGAUCACGACAUAUCACAUCCGGAACUCGAAGUGCUUCGAGUGAAGAAGCGUGUCGCAUUUCGUGUGUGCAAUGUUUCAAGUUAUACUACUGAAGUAAUGGAGAUUCAAGCUGAUAAUCCAACAUUUCAUGUUCUAUUCAUCCCUGGAAAUCCAGGUGUUGUUACAUUUUAUAAAGAUUUUGUGGAGGCUCUAUAUGAGCUUCUGGGUGGAACUGCGUCUGUGACAGCUGUUGGUCAUAUCUCACACACCAAUAAGAACUGGGAGCAUGGAAGAUUGUUCUCAUUAGAAGACCAGAUUAUUCACAAGAUGGACUUCAUCAAACAGGAAUUGCAAAAUACUGCAGUCCCUUUAUUACUGGUAGGACAUUCUAUUGGUGCAUAUAUAUCUAUGGAAAUGUUUAGAAUGUCUCCAGAGAAGGUAACUUAUUUUGUCGGGUUAUAUCCUUUUUUGGCUUUGAACCCACAAUCUACAAAGCAGACUUCUAUUGCGAAAAUUGCAGAGUCUCGCUUUGUCUGUGUUGCCUUGAGCAUUAUUGUUGCGCUCUUGGGAUUGUUGCCUAGAUCACUUUUGAGGUUAGUUGUGCUCACAUUCCUUGGGAAGUCAUGGUCAGCUGCUUCAAUUGAGGCUGCUUGCUCUCACUUAGUAAAGUACCACACCAUGAGGAACAUUCUAUUUAUGGCAAAGACCGAAUUCCAAAAGCUUUCAGAAACACCAGAUUGGGCAUUCAUGAGGGAAAAUCAGCACAAGAUUGCAUUUUUGUUCGGCAUUGAUGAUCACUGGGGUCCACUGCAAAUGUUUGAAGAGAUUGCCAAGCAGGUCCCUGAUGCUGCUCUAUCAAUUGAAAGAGAGGGUCAUACGCAUGCUUUCUGUUGCACUGAAGCUGGAUCAUUGUGGGUUGCUGAGCAUGUGGCAAGCUUGAUCAAGAAUAAAGUUUCACUGUGAUCUGCCCUUGCCCACCAUGUUCUUCUUUAGGAUGCAAAGAUUAGGCUUACAAUUGGAUGGAUAAGUCAAUGAAUUGUGUCUACAUUUGAUUGUUGCUUGGUGGAUGAGAUUAUACUAGAACUCUCGAGUGCCAACAAACUAGCUAGGCUGCUUCCUUGUGGACAUUAUCACAUUUCUGACCUGUUCUUGUUUGAUAAAUAAAGCUCUUUAUUUCAU